AUGCAUUGGUCCUUGGUCAUUACCUCCUACCUAGCCGUUCUAGCUGCUAGCCAAACCAGUGAAAAACAGAGCGAAAGGAACAGCGUGGAAUCCAAAGAUCUAUUCAACGAGUGCAAAGACAUCGACGUUGUGACUCGCCCAGACCGCAGCAAAGGAGAGGAAUGGGGCGAUGACGGCCCGAAUCAAUCUUUAUUUGGGAGUUGUGCAGACAGAGAGAAUGGGAAAUUGGUGUGGUGGGUAGCUACGUUUAUCAACCUCAACGACUGUUUCGGGUGGGAUACGACUACGCAGAGCCUUAUCCCCAAAAAGGAUGGCAAUGGAUUUCACGAGGGAGAGUGCAGUCGCUGUACAAUGGAUCACUAUGAGAUCCAAUGCUGGUGCAAGAACGUGGAUGAAAAGGAGAAGGAUCCCAAAGAGAAGGCGGCAAGAAAAACAUUCAAUAUUGAGGGAAAGAUUGUGGUCAAAGACCAUCAUUUCAAAUGUGCCCCUAAAUGA